AUAAUUUAAUAGUGAGUUAGUUGGCGUGUUCGAUAAAGUGUCUUAAGUGGAAAGAAAAUGUGUUUUCGAAAUACCUUCUUGGUAUUUUUUAUUUUAUUUUCAUGCAUUAAAGUCGCUUUUCUUCUGGAUAACGACAAUAUACCUAAAACGGUGCCAUCGAAUUUCAAUGUUAAGACUUUAUGCGAGAAAAGGGAAAAAACCGUUAAGGCUUACGCAGUGGUUCCAAUAGCAGUGUCGUGGUUUCAAGCCUUCACAUUUUGUGCUGAAAGGAACAUGAGUCUUCUUAUGAUCCAUUCAAAGCAGGAGUCCGAUGAGAUCAGAAAAGAACUUUUGUUAGGCAAACAUGAAUUAAAACCCUUCUAUUGGAUAGCAGGAACGAGGCUCGGGGCCAAAAAAACGAUUUCGGACUUUGUUUGGUUCCCAGAUGGCACGCCGUUUCUGUAUACCAAUUGGUUUAGCGAUAAGAAGGGUCACCAACCAGAUAACCGAAAUGGAACUGAAGAUUGUGUGUGCCUAAGUAACGCGGGAAUGUCCAAUAAACGGGAAUAUAAAUGGCACGACUAUAAGUGCAAUAAAAAAAAAGCUUUCAUCUGCGAAAGUUAUUGUUAACUGCAAUAAAUUUACCCGCCCAUCAUCCUUCUUCUUGAAGUAUUAAACAGAAUAAAAAAAUAUAA